CGCGUUUUAUGAAAUUGUGAAUUGAAACGCACGUUUUAGUCUACAGGAGAGAUACAGAGGAAAGAGCGCGUUGUUUUCAAACCUGGUUAACGUUAUUCACUAUUCAUGAAGAUUACUGAAAAAUGUGUGAAGUUUUGAAAUCAAAUUUUGAAGAAAUUUAUCCUGAAAUUGAAGAUUCAAUUAAAAGAAGUUCAUUUAUAGCCAUUGAUCUGGAGUUCACAGGUUUACAUUUUGAAGAUGGUUGUAAUAACAACAUGUUUGAUGAUGGAGCUGAGAGAUAUUCAAAAUUAAAAAAGAAUUGUCAGAAUUUUACAAUUAGUCAAAUAGGAUUGGCAGUUUUCAGACAUGAUACAACAAACAGUUGUUACACUGCUAAUGUCUUCAAUGUGUUUGUGUUUCCACAAAGCUGUGCCAGUCUUGAUGAACGAUUCUCUUGCCAGGCGUCAUCCUUAAAAUUCCUUUGCCAGUAUGAAUUUGACUUUAACAAAUUCAUCUACGAUGGUGUUCCGUUUUUAACCCAUGAGCAAGAAGAAAAGCUGAGGGCUUUGGGUAACCCAGAGGAAUUGCUCAGUACCAUAGGUGGGAACUUUUUCCGUCCGAUAUUUACCAGCGUCUCAGUUUGGUUAAGGCAGGCUGCUGUUGAUGAUGAAAUGGUCAUCGAUGCUAACAGAGGUGUGGAUAUUUUGAUUUUACAAGCAAAAUUGUGUACCAUGUUCAAGGAAAUAUGGACAAGAUCAACAAGUAAAAAUGAAGUAAUUGUAAUGAAAGUGAGCGUUGAAAAAAGAAAAGUAUUAGAAAAUACAUCGCCAGCAUGGAAAUCAAGCCAAAGUAUUCAGACUGAUAUGUGAUUCUAAAAAGCCUGUUGUAGGACACAAUAUGUUAAUGGACCUUCUACUUAUGUAUGACAAGUUCCACAACAAAUUACCAAGUUCAUGGACAGAUUUUAAGAAUGAGCUGCAUCGAAUUAUACCAAAUAUUUAUGACACAAAACACUUAGCGAGUAAAUGCAGAAAGUGAAAAGGGGCAGUUAGCAGCCUUCAACCCACCAACAAUAUCUCUAGACCCAAAGUCUAAACACUAUGGUGAGGAGAAACAUUAUCAUGAAGCUGGUUAUGAUGCCUAUAUUUGUGGAUAUGGGAUGGUGCCAGGAUUUGCCUGAGGGGGCCGAUGAAGUGUGUUUUUCUUCCUGACAGUGGGGCCUGCUCGCCCCGAUUCCUGUUUGUUAUGAUUGAAUGUUUAGUCAAAUUUUCCCACAAUUUUGCUGAUUCCCCAAUGAGAGCGUAAGUGGGCUUGGUGUGGCAUCGCUCAAAAUCCCUUGGAUGCAUAUCCCCCAAAAAUUACGACAGUUAUGGAUUUUAUUAUCUAUUACAGAGUACUAAUAUGUAAAAAAUACAGUAGGCCUACAGGAAGGGGAACAUAUAGUAUUGUGUUGUCCUUUUUCUUUGUUCAUUUUGCAUGUUUUUGAUCUUAUUCUUAACAACUGUCUUUCAUAUAUCAGUACUGUACUUAAAUGUUUUAAUGUUUUAUAAUUUUUAAUUUUUAAAUAUUUUAUAUGUACCAUAACCAAGCGAAUUUCCUUUUGGAUAAUAAAGUAUUUUU